AUGCCCCUCCCGCACCUCCCCACCGAAAUCCUCGAGCAAAUCCUCACCCACGCCGUCAUCGUGCGCGGCCUCAAGCGCGCCUUGCGUCUACGCCUGGUGAGCCGCGACUGGUCCGCCGGCAUUCUUAACGUUAUUUUCGUCGCCGGCCUGCCCGACAAUACCUAUUGGUUGGGCCGCCUGGACAGGCCCGACGGAUCCGCCCAGAUCUUCUGGCAGCGCUACCUCGCCUGGCGCAUCAAACACGCCGUCCGCGGCGAAGUGGAGCCUCUGGGACCCUUGACCGGCGGGCCGAGACCAGAGCGAGCAUGCGACUGGGGUUUGCGCCACCUCCGGCGCCCGCCGGCCACCAGGCGCCUGCGUGUGAUGAGGCGCGUCGCCGAACGCAUCGUUGAGAUGCGGAUGCGGUUGCGGAGGACCGACCGGGCCGUUGCUUCUGAACUUGAAGCCGAGGAUGAGCUGCAUGACGUCAUCUUCCGGCUUUCCAGACUGCCGCUCAUGGACAUAUCUUCGUUCAAUACGCAUUUCCGUGACACCUUUUUUGCAGAGUUCACGGUCGACGAGGGCAACCGUGCAAGGCUAGAGAGGGACGAGGAGGCCACCAGGGCAUUUCGCGAAACCGUGCUGAGCGCCGCUGCCUAUUUGGACGAGCUCGAGAUUGUCCAGGAGCUUGUGCGUGACAGCUUGAACGACGGUAAACCGCUGCCGUCGCGCCGCCCAAGCUGCCCCUUCUUUGCCCCUCUCGACGCAGCAGCUUUCGGAGGAAGUUGCCGUUGCGUUAUAUUUCUCACAUCAUUGCCACAGGAGCCCGGCAGGAGCAUGUACAAGCUGCGCAGCAGAGCCAUUCAGUGUGCAGGGAGCUGCGUUUUCCCCCAAGGCGCACGUGACAUCAUGGAGUUUGGUCUCACCACUGAGCAACUGCACCAAGGCCCACCGAUAGCCGGCCCGUGGGAUGCUGGUAGCGAUCCUAGAGGUGGCUGGAUGCGGAUUCUCGUACAUGACUGCAUGCGUCGGACUACCGAUGUCGAAGUCUACAGGAGAUGUUACGAUAUAGUAGGUCAUUCCCUUCUGCCUAGUGAAGAGCCCAUUUUGGGCCUGACCAAAGAGGCCUGGCUGCUACGCAAGUGGUUCCCUUCUCAGCUGGAUAUUGCUGCCAGGCGGGGGUGCGUCGAAAUCAUGGAAUUUCUGUUCGACAGAUAUGCCAUCGAAGCCCUACCUGCCAUAGCAUCGAGCAAUUAUAAACUCGCCCAUGACGAGGCAAGGGAGUUCGAUAACCUUGAGAACAAAGACAUACCUGAAACUCUACCUCUGGAUAGGAGCGGGGACGAAUGCGACCCGGCCAAUAUGCUCUCCAAGUUUCGCAGCCCGCUUUCCGUGGCCGCCUUGGACGGCAAUCACGCCUCUGUCGACUUUCUGCUAUCUCACGGCGUCUCCAAACCUGACCGGGCAUUGGUAGCGGCAGCAAGCAGCGGCUCAAGAAGGCUGGUUGAAACCAUAGUCGACUUUUUCGCCAAAAUUGAUGGCAAGCACCAAGACCUGGAGGCCGUUCACGGUGAGGAGACGGUCCAAGACGCCCUGGCCUUGGCAGUGUUCCGAGAGGACGAUGCCAUGGUCCGUCUACUAUACGAUCUGGGAGCCAGGUUCGACCGCAGCACCUGGGAGACUUUGCGCAAGGAAACAAAAAGACUCGGCCUGGAGUGCAUGGACCGACUUCUUCAAGACCUUGGCCAGCCUUCCAAGGGUGAAGAUGCAUGGACUCGGCAUUGCUCAAACGGCGAGCAAGUGGUUCGCAAGGCAAUUGUCUCAUUCGCUCUGCGUCUAGUGGACUGA